UACUACGGGCCUGAUUCUGAUCUGUCUCCACAUUUGCCAGGGUGCGACUCCAGUGACUUUAGAGGAAAUCCUUCCUAUUUACACUGGAUUAUGCAAGCUCAGAAUCCGGCCCUGUGUAACCCCCAAAUUUAACAUAAUUGCAGUCAGCUAUUUUAUGUGUCCAGCCACUGCUAGCUGCAAACCAAAUAAUCUUAAGGAUUUCAAAAGGCAAGGAUAAACAGCUGCAUGUUUUGUAGUUUGGGGUUUGCUCAUCAGAAUAGAAGGAAUGUUUAGACAGGCGACCUUGGUUUUAAGUGCCCCUAACAUAUACAUUUUAUUGUUGUUCUAACUAGAAAUGCUUUGAUAAUAAAAAAUAAGUCAUUUGCUAAAAUUUAAAAAAAUUAGUCACUCAGUAGGGGUUACUCUAGUAACCCAUUAAAAGUGACGCGCUCUGUUUAAGAUAGCUAUAAAAAAUUAAGUAAAAGUAAAUACCUCAGAGGAGACCGAGGGAGCUUUUUCUCGGGCAAGAAGCUGACACCCCAAACUCCCCAGCACGAAGGCAACUGGCCAUCGGCGACCUGCUGUCACCGCCUCUAAACCAUGUCAGCCUUUGGAAAUUACGUCUUGGAAUGCUCUAAACCUGUUGCUGUAAUAUAAGUUUGUGUGUGUGCGCUUAAGGCUUAAUAAAAAGUCGUUUUAAGUACCGUAAAAGCAUUCUGGUUUGUAUCAAACAUGUAUCAGACAGAAAAACGGUGUCCCCGUUGAUUUAUUCCUGGGGAAAAAGCCAGUUAAAUAACCACUGCUUUGUGAUCUGAAACCCCGAGUAACAGAUUGGCAAGCUAAUUGCCAGGAGUUGUGAUGAGGAAGGGCACGAUUGAUAUAAACAGUUUGUUUGUUUAUUUGCUUACGCAAGGCACUAUCAUUAGCUUGGCCAAUUUGUAGCCUGCAUCUGAUUUGUCAAAGAUUUCUUUGUCCUUAGUCCUCAAAUUCCAGUGCAACUGCGUCAAACAUCAUGUUCCAGAGCAGGGUCAGCUCCUUUGAGGACAACCUUCUAGGAGGGAUUGCCAUGUAACAGCAGAGCAGAUUACAAAUUCCGGCCAGUUACGAAAGGUAGCAUCUAAACAGGCCGGCUCACUGCGCACGGGGCGGAGGUUGACGGCGCUUGGGACACUGCACUCACCCUUGAGGCGCUCUUCGUUCAUUCCCCCAAGGCUUUGGGGAGGAUGAUCCCACCUUGGAAAGCGCUUUGUACUGCUGGGAUUCUAGUUGGGCUCCUGGCUUUCUUCUGGAGAGACACCUUUGACCCAGACAGCAUCUCUGGUGCCCGAGUUCUCCUGACCGGAGCCAGCGCUGGGAUCGGAGAGCAGAUGGCAUAUCAUUACUCCAGGUUUGGUGCUGAAAUAGUUCUGACUGCCAGGAGGGAAACCCUGCUGCAGAAAGUGACGGAGAAAUGCCUGCAGCUGGGAGCAAAGAAAGUCUUUUACAUCCAGGCCGAUAUGUCUUCCCCUCAAGCCCCAGAAAAGGUGGUGCAGUUUGCUUUGCAAAAACUGGGGGGACUGGAUCACCUGGUGCUGAACCACAUUGGCAGGACCCCUUUCCAGAUGUGGGAUGGAGACGUGGAACACACCCGCUGGCUCAUGCAGGUGAAUUUCCUGAGUUAUGUGGCCUUGGCAUCUGCAGCUCUUCCCAUCUUGGCUGAGAGUAAAGGAUCUCUGAUUGUGGUUUCUUCCCUCACAGGGAAAAUCUCAACUCCCUUCACAGUCUCUUACUCCGCCACCAAGUUCGCUCUGGACGGAUUCUUUAGCUCCCUGCGCCAUGAGCUCGCCAUGCAGAAGCAAGAUGUGUGCAUCACACUCUGCAUCUUGGGGCUGAUCGACACCGAAAUGGCUUUGGAGAAGACGAGGGACAAGGUGUACAUGAGCGCCUAUCCCGCUGCUGAAGCCGCGCUGACCAUCAUCAAAGGCGGAGCCACCAGGGCACGGGAGGUGUUCUACCCCUGGUGGCUGGAGCUGCUGUGCCACGUGCGGGAUUGGUUCCCCGACCAGAGGGAUGUCGUUAUACAGAGCUUCUAUAACUACACCAGCGCCUGAGUGAUGCAGAGCUGCCAUUCCC